CGUUCGUGCCGCGUGGUGACCUCACGUACGCGUCAGAUGCGCCGUUCGAUGGCUGCUGUGUCUGAAAUGGGACACAGGAAGGGCACAGAACGGCGCAAAACGGCGUAAAACGGCUUAAAACGGCAGUGCACUCAGCUAAGCGCCGUUAAGCGCGCUUAUCACGAUGCGGUCUCUGAAAUGAGACACAGCCCAGGAGUUUUCCCCCCUGUUAAAUAUUGUCACUAGAUGGCGCUCUUGCGCACUUAUUUUACUGUUCUGUCAAAGGUCGCACUGUGCGUGCAGAUGUGACAUCAUUACGCUGUAUGUACGCCUUAACGGAGGAGCAGACGCAACACCUGUGAUUGUGUUUUAUGCCAGAGUGGAUUGGAACCUCUUGUACUGGCCUCAAUAAAUAAAGAGUGAAGAUCGAGUCAGGUAAGAGAGUCACGAUCGGAAUAAGUGUUUACAUGGACACGUUUUGGAAUAACGAUUGGCAUAAACCACCUCUCUCGAUUGAGCCGAAUUAGAUCAGAAGCUUCCGAUCGACAUGUUAACAUGACGCAUUUUUAUUCCGAUCGGGCAUUUAUUCCAGUCAUUUAUGCCCAUGUCGACGCAGCUACCGACUGCUUGUCUGAGGUUUCUCUCUGGAGCUCUAAUGUCAUAUCGUUUCCCUCAAACACAUGCAAAAAAUAAAAGUCUUACUUGUUCAGUAAUUUGCAUCAAAACAGUUCAAUAUAUGAUCACUUGGAGUUCAUGUUUUACCUGCAAAAUGUUUACAAUUACCAACCAACCAACCAAAGUAGUGGCCUGAUAACUGUAACUUUUGUACCACUAUGAUAACACAUGACUCCUGCAUUGACACAAUCUUCACCCAGUUAAGAUUUUGGAGAUCGAGCACGUGGGCCACAUAAACAUUCAAACUGAAACACUGCGUUAAUGUCACACUCAAACGUUUGUGUAACGCAUGCACAAUGUUCUCCACUGUAGAGGUGGUAUAACUGAGUUUGAUAUGUGUAAUUUUCUGGAUACCGGUAUGAGUUUGUUUUGGUUAUUGAUUUCAAAGAGCUGUGGUAGUUGUGUAACUCACCUGGCAAAAAAAUAGAAGUUUACAACAAGGUAAGAUUUCUGCUUGGUUGUUACUAUGUUUUCAAAUCAAACGAAUAAUGCAACAAAAAAAUGGUAACUUGUUUUGCAAAUACAUGUUGCUGCAGGGUUCAGAUGCAUUUUAAAAUUACACUCGUGCAUUUUUUUAUUUUUAUUUUUUAUAAAACUACAAUUUCAAUGAAAAUCUACAUUCCCAAAGUCUUAGCAAUGUUUAUUUUGUUUUUUUGCUGAAUAAAUAUUACAAACUUAGGUGCAUUUUCCAGGUGGACAGAAAGUAAACAUCUAGCAUAGUGACUUGUACCACAGAUAAAUCGAAUUCUUAAAAUAUUCUCCAAAAAUUAGUCAGAGGAGUUGGCUGGUUCCAGAAACCACAUCUCUCUACUAUUAAUAUUGAUGACAAAUUCUGUUAUCCUCUUCGUGAAGCGAUAUCAUUUCUCACUUCAGACUUGGUGUUUUUCCGGGCUUAUUUCUUGACCUCUUCACCUGUUUUCUUCCCUUUAUCAUGUUUCUCUGCCUCUGGUCCGACCCCCUGUAUUUAUCAAGAGCAUUCAAGGCCACAGCAAUUCCUCAGAAGACACCAUAAAAUAUCAGAGCAGAGAUGACCCUUCGUACAGUCAGGUCUAUUAUGAAACCUCACUUAGACUGAAAGUUCAGGCUUGUAAACAGUGUGACUAUAAAAGGUCAGCUGUCUCAUGGCUGAUUCAGUUCCCCACACUCGGACACCAGGAUGUUUCUGGGGAAGCUUCUCGCUCUGUAUGUGAUCUCUGUGUUUGGGUGCAUGUGCCAGUACCCUAAUGAUCAACAACAGGCGAUGUUUCUUGCAGGUCCCAUGACCAGAGAGCAGGCGGAAGGUCUGAAUGGAAAACCCACUGACUGGGCUUUAUUGGACACAUUUGACUGCAGUCAUGCUCUACCCGCAGAAUCACGGCAGUACUUUGAGUACCUCCAGGAAAGAGGGGUAACCCACUUCAAAGUGCCGCUGUCAUGGACUCAGCUCCUUCCUACAGGCCUCUCCAGCCAGCCGCAGCAGUCUGUGGUCACCUGUUACCGGACUCUGCUGAAACAGCUGCUGGAGGCUGGGCUGGAGCCUCUGGUUAUUCUCCAUGGAUCAACGGUGCCAGAAGCUCUGAGAUCAAAGUAUGGAGGCUGGGAGAGUCAGCAGCUGGUGGAGGUGUUUCAGCAGUAUGCAGAGUUUGUCUUUGGGCAGUUUGGAGAGCUGGCAGAGAACUGGGUGACACUGGGCAGUCUGGAUGAGCUGGAGGAGUCUGAUCUGCAAAAAGCUCUUGAUGCACAUGUCAGUGUUUACCAGCGCUAUCACCAACUGUUCCCUGGGAGAGGUAGGUGGUUAAAGUUUCAUGAAGUUAUGUCAAUGGGAGAGAUUAGAUAACAUAAGAACACUGAAGAUUAAUAAGUCUAGAAAGAGAUACUUUGCUUGAAUCAUUGGCAAAAAUCUCAGUUAUUAAACUUAAGUGAGGUAAAAUGAACAGUGAGCAGGUUGUAAUCAUAAUUUAAAACCCCAGACAGGGUAAAAUAAUUUAAUAUUUUGCACAUCCUUUGGGAAUCACGUUUAAUUUAUGUUGCUACUAAAGUUUGGAGAUUUGCAUGCUUAACUUAAACAUGUAUUGCUAUUAUUGUUCUUUUUAUGUUAAGUUGCUUCUAUGAUUUUAAAAUAGUCUUAAUCACUGUUAUUUUAUUAGACAUGCAGUCAUCAUGUCUGUGAAAUAAUUCUGGCUUUAUCUGUGCAUCACAUGUUCCAAAGGUCAUGAUAAGGAGACUGGAGGAAAGGACAGUGUGGUUUAUCUAUGUAAAGACAGAAAAGGUGUAAAAUUAUAACUUAAUAAAAAUGUCAUGUUUUUUUAGAUGGAGGAGUAUCAGUAGGAGUGAAGGCCAACAAAUCUCCGAUCAUCUGUGAUACUCAGCUGCUGGUAAGAUCCCUGAGUCACAUGGGAGAUACGCACAUUAUUGAUAAUAAUGCUGUAAUGGUUCCUGUAAUGGUAAAACAGUGAGAUUAACAUGUAAUGAGUUCAUUUCCCACUUGAUUUCAGAAAUAUUCAGAUUUCAUCUCCAUCAAGAUUCAGUAUGAUUGCAUCACAGGGAAGGAGCUGGCCGAUCAACUGCAAAAUAUUUUGGUUUGUAGAAAUGAAUCAAAACCACAAUUUAAGUCAGUAUAAGGAAAUAUUGACAGAAAGAUAAAACAACCACUGUUAUAUUCUUGAAUUUCUGCUUCAGUUUCUUGUGCUGAACGUGAAAAAUAAACAUUAUCUUUUGUUGUAGGCGAAGUGUGAAGGAAAACCGGUCCUCUUUUAUGAGGUCAACAUCAAGGACUGCUCUCCUUAUCAGUUCCUGUCUGAUACAAACAUUUUUGAAGGUAACACUUGGAGGGUAAACCUGAAAGGCUGUUAUUUGUUUACAUCAAAUUAUAGACAAUUAUAAGUAUCCUAAAGGUUGUUAACCAUCCUUUAAUUUGCAGAACAUAUAACUAACAUUGAUCUAAUAAUAUCGUAAUUAUGAGGUGGUCAUAUUGAGGGUCACAUUUUCAAACACAUAUAUAAGGGUUUGGAUAUCAUUUGAUGAAAUUUUAAGGGAAGUAAUUUAACCAUUAAUGCCCCCUGUGGAACUUUUGCAGGUAUGGCCAGUGGACCCCAAAAUGUUCUUGGAUUUGACAUGGUGGAUAUGCUACGUCCAGGCGAUGCUAUCCAAAAAAGGUAUGACAUAAAAAAAACAGAUUCUUCAUACAUAUACUUAUAUCAGUAUCACAUUCAAUAUUUGUCAACCAUAAAUCAUACCACAAAAAAGAUGAAGCACUGUUCGGUAUAAAAAGAUAUAAAGAGUGGAUUUCAACCUGGUCCACUUAAAGGCUGGUAUUUCUGGCGGCAGAGACUUAACCUUCUUGUUUAUUUCCUUUUCAGUCAUUCACGCCAAAGUGACAAUUACGGAAUCAGAGACACUCCUAAAACAUCUUUAUGUUCCACAAGCUAUUGCAAAACUUUGAGCAACUUUGCCACCAUAACUUCAUCUGAGCGAGAUAACUUCUUGAAUGAUUCUUUUCCUGAUGGCUUCCAGUGGGCCACCUCCAGUGAGUCCUUCAAGGUUGAGGGUGGCUGGUCAGAAGAUGGAAAGGGGGAAACCAUUUGGGACAGUUUUGCCCAUGAAAACAAGGCUUUUGAAAAUCAGACAGCUGAUCUAGCUUGUGACAGUUACAACAAGGUGGAUUAUGAUGUCUACCUUUUGCGAGGUCUCCAUGUCAACACCUACCAGUUUUCUAUCUCCUGGGCAAGAAUUUUCCCUUCAGGCCGAGGAAACAUAUCAGAACAAGGGGCUCUCUACUAUGAUAAGCUUAUAAAUGCUUCGCUUGAGUCUGGCAUUCAACCUGUCGUCACGCUCUACCACUGGGAUCUGCCUCAGACUCUCCAAGACUACGGUGGAUGGACCAAUGCAUCCAUUGUUGAUGCCUUUAAGGACUAUGCAGACUUCUGCUUCUCCAGGUUUGGAGACAGGGUCAAGACCUGGAACACUUUCAGCAGCCCUUGGGUGGUGAGCCAUGCUGGGUAUGGCACUGGUGAGCAUCCCCCUGAAGUGAAAGACUAUGUGGUUGCCUCCUAUCAGGUAAGAGCAACUGUUCUACAAUAUUUUGCUGAGAGUUUUACGGUUAUAUAUAAUACACUUUCUAAGCAUUUGCUUUGGCUCGACAGGUCACACACAAUAUCCUCAAGUCCCACGCUGAGGCCUGGCAUGCCUACAAUGACAAAUACAGGAAGACACAAGGAGGGAAAGUAGGCAUUGCACUGAAUUCUGAUUGGGCUGAACCCAUGAGCUCUUCUAAACCUGAAGAUGUCGCAGCUGCAGAUCGCUACCUGCAGUUCAUGCUGGGCUGGUUUGCACAUCCCAUAUUUGUGAAUGGAGAUUACCCUGAAACAUUAAAAACGCAGAUUGAGCAGAAAAGAAAUGAGUGCCCCCUAUCCGAGCCUGCAAGACUCCCAGUUUUCACAGCUGAAGAGAGCAAGAGGAUACAAGGUACAGCAGACUUUUUUGGGUUGAACCACUACACGUCACGGUUGGUCAACAGCAGUGGUGGAGGCUGUAACCCUGGUCCUCAUGGGGUGGGUGACUUCCAGGAAGAUGUGGACCCCACAUGGUCCUCUACAGCUUCUGACUGGAUCUAUUCUGCACCUUGGGGACUUAGAAAGCUUCUGAACUACAUUUCCAUGGAGUACUUAAAUGUCACCCAAGUGCCUAUCCACAUAACUGGGAAUGGUAUGCCAACUGAGUACAGUGGGGAUAUGAUCAAUGACACAGAUCGAGUAGAGUACAUGAAGAGUUACAUCAAUGAGGCCCUGAAAGGUACAAAUCAAUUUUUUAAUUAAUAUGCUCAUGUUCAUCAAAGUAAAACCAAACUCAUUUACUCAUAAGUGCCUUAAACAAGGAUGUAUAAUGGGAUAAAAUUGCUAAUAGUCUCUUUUUCCUUCACAGCUAUACAUUUGGAUGGAGUUAACCUGCAGCGGUUCACUGUCCAGUCACUCAUGGAUGGCUUUGAAGGUCCACAAGGCUACAGUGAGCGUUUUGGAUUGCACCAUGUUGACUUUAACCUACCUGACAGGCCCAGGACUCCAAGACAGUCAGCAUACUUUUACGCCAAUGUUAUUGAGCAAAAUGGUUUUGCCUCCAAAAAGCAACCAGUUUCUGCACCAAAAGUGACAAAUAUGCUGUCAAGAAAAGUUUCCCACAUGCCCCCUUCCACAGUCCCAUCCCAGGCCAAGACUGUUUGGGGAAAGUUCUCAAGCCAAACUGAAUUUCAAAGAAAACUCUAUCACUAUGGCACUUUCCCUGAUGGCUUCAGUUGGGGGGUAUCAUCUUCAGCCUACCAGAUCGAAGGAGGCUGGAAUGCUGAUGGGAAAGGGCCAAGUGUCUGGGAUACAUUCACCCACAAACCUGGCAGUAUUCCUGCAAAUGCUAACGGAGAUGUGGCCUGUGACAGCUACAACAGACUAGAUGAAGACCUCUACAUGUUACGAGCUCUCAGGGUGAAGUCAUACAGAUUCUCCAUGUCUUGGUCCAGGAUCUUUCCUGAUGGUCGGCGUGCCUCCCUGAACCAGAAAGGUGUGGCCUACUACAACAGACUCAUAGAUGACCUCUUAGCAUAUAACAUCACUCCCAUGGUGACACUCUAUCACUGGGACCUUCCUCAAGCUUUGCAAGACCUUGGUGGUUGGGACAAUGUCGACAUGAUCGACAUUUUCAAUGACUUUUGUGACUUUUGUUUUGCCACCUUUGGUGACAGGGUGAAAUUCUGGACGACCUUUAACCAGCCUCACACAAUUGCAUGGUCAGGAUAUGGUCUUGGAGCGAUUCCACCAAAUGUCAAGAAUCCUGGUACUGCUCCCUACAAAGUUGCGCACAACCUGAUAAAAGCACACGCCAAAGCUUACCACACUUAUGAUGAUACAUAUCGAAAGUCCCAAGGUGGUCUGGUGUCCAUCGCCCUCAAUGCUGACUGGGUGGAGCCUGUUGAUGUUAAUGUUCCUCGAGAAGUAGUGGCUGCUGACCGGGCUCUGCAGUUCCAACUGGGAUGGUUUGCACACCCCAUUUUUAAGAACGGCGACUAUCCUGAUGCAAUGAAGUGGCAAGUCGGGAACAAAAGUGAACUCCAAGGUCUACCAGAGACAAGACUCCCCUCUUUCACUGAAGAGGAAAAGAACUUCAUCAGAGGAACUGCUGAUGUGUUCUGUGUUAAUCAUUACACUACAAAGAUUAUAAGCCACAUUACAGCUCGGCUGUCCCCUCAAUCUUAUGAAUAUGACAAGGACUUGUCAGAGGCAGAAGAGGGCGAUUCACCCACGACUGCAAUUAGUAAACAGAGGGCUGUUUCGUGGGGCCUAAGAAGACUCCUGAACUGGAUCAAGGAAGAGUAUGGCGAUCCGGAGAUUUACAUCACUGAGAAUGGAGUGGCUACAGACAGCAAGACCACUGUUGAUGACAUAGACAGAGUAUUUUAUUACAAAACCUAUGCUGAUGAGGCGUUAAAGGGUGAGUGUUGACAUCAGCUUCUAAGAUUUCCAAACAUACAAAGUAUUUGGUCUCAUAGUGUUUGAUUGGUGGACUUCAAAUUUGCUGAUAACACUUCUGCUGGACUUCCAUACUUUCUGCAGCCCAUAAUCUUGAUGGUGUGAAGGUGAAGGGAUACAUAGCAACAUCUCUCAUGGAUUCCUUUGAGUGGCUGAAUGGAUACAACGUUGGAUUUGGGUUGCACCAUGUUGACUUCACGAACCCAAACCGACCUAGGACUCCCAAACGCUCUGCUCAUUAUUAUUAUCAAGUUGUGAAAGACAAUGGCUUUCCAAUGCCCGAUGAUGAGAAGACACUGUAUGGGGAGUUUCCAAUUAGUUUUAACUGGAGCACUGCCAGUGCCUCAUAUCAGGUAAUAAACAACAUUAUAGCUUCUUUCUCACAUGUACUGGACUCCUAAAAAUGUCCUGACAGUACUCAUGUGGGCUGCACAUCUAACAUUAAUGUCUGAAUCUAGUGACCCAGAUGUUGAACAGAUCCUACCAUGCCAGUCUCUUCUACCAAGUCAGUAAUUUAACUUUCCUCUCAGAUUGAAGGGGCCUGGAGAGCUGAUGGCAAAGGGCUGAGUAUCUGGGACAAGUUUGCCCACACUCCUAUGAGAGUGGACAGCAGCUACAAUGGCGAUAUCGCUUGUAACAGUUACUACAAGAUUCAAGAGGAUGUGGAGGUGCUGAAGAAACUGAAAGUGACCCACUAUCGCUUCUCUGUGUCAUGGCCAAGAGUGCUUCCUGAUGGCACCAACAACUACAUCAAUGAAGCCGGACUUAACUACUACCAGAGGUUAUUGGAUGCUUUGGAAGCAGCUCAUAUUGAGCCUCAGGUCAGUAGUGAUGCUGUUUAUGACCACUAAUGUUUGUCUCACAGCGAUACUUCGGAUAGUGGCGGUGUAAAAAUGAUGUCUGCACACACAACAGUCUGGAUGAGAGAAAUAUAUCACCCAUAGAAUGGGUAAAAAUGUCCCUGCUUUUCAGAUUACUUUAUACCACUGGGAUCUUCCACUGGCUCUGCAGAGAGUUGGAGGCUGGGAGAAUGAAACCAUCGUCCAGAGAUUCAGAGAUUACGCAGAUGUUUUAUUCAGCCGUUUGGGCCACAGAGUGAAGUUCUGGAUAACAUUAAAUGAGCCCUACAUUGUGGCCAAUCUUGGCUAUGGAUAUGGUACCUUUGCUCCAGGUGAUCAAACACGUUUCUGUCGGGGUCCUCAUUUACCACACUGUUAAAAACCUUAAAACUUAACAUCACAAUGACAGCAACAUUUAUUACUUUUAUUUCUCCAGGUAUUUUUGGUAAGCAGUACAUCGCAGCCCACAACCUGAUCAAGGCCCAUGCUGAGGCCUGGCACCUUUACAAUGACAUGUACCGGGCAAGACAGGGUGGCAUCAUCUCCAUCACCAUCAACUCUGAUUGGGCCGAGCCAAGGAACCCAUAUAAGCAGGAGGAUGUAGAUGCAGCCAAACGCUACUUACAGGUAAACUGAUAAGUACUGACACCUGUAAAAAGUCUUGUGUUUAGAUAGCAAAGUGAAGCCAAUUCAAAACAUUAACUACAUUUACUAGAAAUCUUCUGGUAUGCAUGAUAUUUUUCUGGUGUCGAAGUGAUGUUAUAUUCUUGAUCUAAUGUUUCUUUGCAGUUUUUCAUUGGCUGGUUUGCACAUCCAAUCUUUAACGGGGAUUACCCUGAUAUAAUGAAAACUAUCAUUCGUGAAAGAAGCCUCGCUGCUGGUCUCCCUGAAUCACGGUAAAUGACGCAUGUUUUAAACCGUCACCAGGUUUGUGUGCAGUGUUCUAAUGGUAAAAAUUGAUUUUAAGUCUUAGUUCAAAAUAAAAUAGGAAUACUUAUACACUACACUACAUUUUUAAUACUUAGUUUCACUGCAAAACCACUUUAAAAAUGUUGGGAAACUAUUUGCAAACCAUGUUUUGUGCAACAGCUGCUUGAGAAGCGUGAACUUUGAGGUACAGGUGAGAAUUCAAGCACUUGGGGUUUAAAGUAAAAGCCAUGAAUGGAUCUCCACUUUCUUAUACAGGCUUCCUGAGUUCACUCCUGCUGAAAUCCAGAGGAUCAAAGGGACUCACGACUACUUUGGCUUCAACCAUUACACCACCAUCCUUUCAUACCCGGUUGAUUUAGGACAGCAGCAGGAUUAUGAAGGUGACAGGUGAGUGGAGUUUAAGCAGCGAUGCUCAGUAGAAACACAACAAGGGUGCUUUUCCAACGAGAUCUGUGACACAAGAAGGAAUUAAGGCAACAGAUUAACGCUUUACUCUGUAGCUCCCUGUUUAAUUUGCAAUCCAUGACUCAGGGGGACUGGAACCACCCACGACCGAACCUGGAUUGGAUCUGGCUCCUUCUGGCUUAAGAUCACACCAUUCGGAUUUAGGAAAAUCCUUAAGUUUAUCAAAGAUGAGUAUGGAAACCCACCAGUGUAUGUGACGGAGAACGGGAUCUCAGAGCGAGGAGAAGUGGACUUGAAUGACCUCCACAGAAAGCACUACUAUGAAAACUACAUAAACCAGGCUCUGAAGGGUAAAUUGUAAAACUUUAUUUGAAUGUGCUGGUUAUUGGAGUCUAAAUUUAAUAAACUUUCAGGUUAUGUGACUCUAUUACUGUUGAUCUUCCAGCCCAGGUUAUGGAUGGCGUCGAUCUGAAAGGUUACACCGCCUGGUCACUGAUGGACAACUUUGAGUGGGCUGCCGGAUACUCUGAGCGGUUUGGACUUUUCUUUGUGAACCGCUCAGAUCCAAACCUUCCUCGCACCCCUAAAAACUCAGCGUCUCGCUACGCCUCAAUCAUCAACUGCAACGGUUUCCCAGACCCUGACCUUGGACCCCAUGAGUGUCUGAACCCUGAACCUGAAGGUAAUAAUAAUUGGUAAAUCAAUGUGUCAUUAGUGAGAUUUAUAGAGGAAUGACUAUAUUUAGUUUUCAGUACAAAGUGUGGAAAAACACAACAUCCUUCAAAUCCGAAUUAAGAGUCUUGGAGCAAAAUAUUAAGUUUAAAUUCACAAACAAUUGAUUUUAUCUUGCUUUUGUCCCUCUCUUUAAACAGCUACAGACUCCCCAACUACAACUACAACACAUACUACUCCUAUAACCUCUACUACACAUCCUACACACACAUCAAACACUCCUCAUACUACUCAUACCACACAGAAGACCACUUUACCUCCAACUUCUGCUGCUCCGCCUGUGAACAUGGUGGACUUCUUGGGUCUGGAGCUUUCAUCAGGUGAUGCCGAAGUUGCUCUUUAUGUCCUAUUUGCAUUCCUCCUUGUGAGCGUACUCGGUGUCAUCUUGAUUGUUUACAGGCUCAGGAAAACAACAAAAAAGAAGUCAAAGAAAGCUGUUGGGGAAACUGUAAAGAUGGAGAAAUUUUGAAAAGGGGGGAAAAUCUCAAUUUUCAGUCGGGUUUUUGGCAGCUUUUCUAGGACAUUCAAGAUGGAUGAACUUUGACUAAGUUUUGGGUGAUUUCAAACUUCAUUUUGAUCUAAGUUAUUUAGAAACUACAGCAGAUACAAGACUGUCCGAUAUGUUGAGGCACCUGAUGAUAAUUUUUAGGGUAAAGGGAUGCAAAUAAACUUAGAUUAGAAUACUUUAAAGGAGCAUUGUCAAUUUUUAAAUAAAGAUGAUUCUUCCAUCCAAACAUGUGUGCAUAGAGUAUUGAUUGAACACUAAAUGAUAUAGGAACAUGCUAAAUUGUUGUGAUCAUUUUCAGAGUUCAGUUUAAGAAAUAAAGUCUACUGUGUAACUGUAUGCUUUUCAGACAGUUGUGUCAGUGUCAAAGAUUGACCUCUGGGUGGCGCCAGUAAACCAUUUUCUGCAUGCAAAGUUGCUGUGAUGCUGCAGUUCAUACACCACACACAGAAGUUUUUCAUACAUCAUUAUUUAACAAAAGCUUUAGGUAACCCUUGACAACAGAGACUGGUAGCACAACGCAAACUCACUUCCAGAACAAAUAAUGUGGAGGACAUAACUAAAACUGUGAUUAUAACCUAGUUUAUGUUUAUGAUUUGCUUACAGAAUUCACCAAUAAAACUAUAACCACUCACUUGCCAAUUUUGUUUUACAACCGAUCAAUCUAAAACUGCCAACCAAUCAGCUUAAAGAGUCCUGAAAAAGGCUAACAGGUACCCUAACAUUUCCUGCAUCUAAUUAGGAAUUUGAUUCAGUAAUAUAACCAAACCUGUAGUCUUCAAAUUGCUGCUGUUCCACCAAUGAACUCUGGGUAGAAACCCAUCACAGCCCAGAGGAGGCGUUCAGACACGCCCCUGCAUGUUUCUGCCACUCUGCAACACCAUCCACACAAACAAGAGGCUCACAGGGCAAAUAAGCAUCUUCUCGGCACUCCUGCUAGGAUACCUCCGUCUGGUCUCCAGGGCGACCCGUCCUCUCAACAGGAUGUACACAUUAGUGCGCAGCGGGUGUCUGUUCUGCACGCUCUCCCCCUGCAUGCUGCUCAACGGCUCUGAUCAACAAGGGGUCUGUUCAAUAUCUGGAAACCCAGAGCCUGUCAGGAUGGGGUAGAAGAAAGGCUGGGAGACAAACACGCUCACUCAUACUUUCAUCAAAUGUUUUUAGGUCAGCUUGAUUGGUGUGCAUGAAAGUUUGAUGACUUGCACACCUGCCAGUCUGAGGAACUGUACGAUGCACCGGCGAAUAAACAGUGAAAAAUCUGCUUACUGUUUGUACGGUAAAUAAUAUAUGACAGACUGCAUGUAGUUAAUCAACGUCAGCUUAAUUAUAUAAUCAUUCAAGUACACUAUUAGCAGCAGCAUGUAAUCAGCAUGUGUAAGAGUGUCUUUGCAUGUUCAUUAAAACACUCAAACACACUAUUAACACAUGAUAGAACUUGUGUGUAGAACAGCUGCAGUAAUGCUGACAAACACGCUGCAAUAGGAAAGACAACUCCAUGUUCGGAGAAAACAGGCAAAUUUAGACAUAAUGCAAGUUUAGAAAGAUAUGAAACAACGC